UCCUGCGCAUGCGCGGUGCCCGGGCUGAGCGGAGUUUCCUCCCAUAGAAAGGCCUGGCGGAGCUGCGGUCCCGCACAAGCACGCAAACGGAGACACACAUGCCGUCAGGGCGCACAAACCUCCCCCUCAAGAGCCUCGUCUGGGACUGUCCAGCACCGACCCCGCCGGCCCUGGAGGCCCCCCAUCGCUGCAGUUUUAUCCCGAUUAUGGCUCUGCAUCGCUGAUCCGCAGCAACAUCUGGUCGCUCCGCAGCGCAGGGAUCUCUCCGGGCUCUGAUGGUACCAAGUGAACAGUGAGCGCUGCUGCCUGAGGACCCGCUGCCCAACGCCCUUCACCAUGUCCGGGAUCCACGCGCCGUGGUCGACUGGCACCGAGUGCGUGGCCAAAUACAACUUCCAGACCGCCAACGAACAGGACCUGCCCUUCUGUAAAGGAGACGUGCUGACCAUCAUCGGAGUCACCAGGGAUCCGAACUGGUACCGAGCGAGGAACACGGUGGGCAGAGAGGGAACCAUUCCAGCCAACUAUGUCCAGAAGAGGGAAGGAGUGAAGUCUGGAGGGAAGCUGAGCCUGAUGCCCUGGUUCCACGGGAAGAUAACCCGCGAGCAGGCGGAGCGGCUCCUGUACCCGCCCGAGACCGGCCUGUUCCUGGUCCGGGAGAGCACCAACUACCCCGGCGACUACACGCUCUGCGUCAGCUGCGACGGCAAGGUGGAGCACUACCGCAUCAUCUACCACAACGGCAAGCUCACCAUCGACGAGGAGGAAUACUUCGAGAACCUCAUGCAGCUGGUGGAGCACUACACCAAAGACGCCGACGGCCUCUGUACCAGACUGAUUAAACCCAAACUGAUGGAGGGGACGGUGGCGGCGCAGGACGAGUUCUCCAGGAGCGGCUGGGCCUUGAACAGGAAAGAGCUGAAACUGCUCCAGACCAUCGGCAAGGGCGAGUUCGGAGAUGUGAUGGUGGGCGACUACAGAGGAACCAAGGUGGCCGUCAAGUGCAUCAAAAACGACGCCACGGCGCAGGCGUUCAUCGCCGAGGCCUCCGUCAUGACGCAGCUGAGGCACAACAACCUGGUGCAGCUGCUGGGCGUCAUCGUGGAGGAGAGAGGAAGCCUCUACAUCGUCACGGAGUACAUGGCCAAGGGCAGCCUCGUGGACUACCUGCGCUCCAGAGGGCGGACCGUUCUCGGCGGCGACUGCUUACUCAAGUUCUCCCUCGACGUGUGCGAGGCCAUGGAAUACCUGGAGAACAACAACUUCGUCCACCGAGACCUGGCGGCGCGGAACGUGCUGGUGUCCGACGACAACAUCGCCAAGGUCAGCGACUUCGGCCUCACCAAGGAGGCGUCGUCCAUACAGGACACGGCCAAGCUGCCCGUCAAGUGGACGUCCCCCGAGGCCAUACGGGAGAAGAGGUUUUCCACCAAGUCGGACGUCUGGAGUUAUGGAAUCCUCCUGUGGGAGAUUUACUCCUUCGGGCGAGUGCCUUACCCUAGAAUUCCGCUGAAGGACGUGGUGCCCCGGGUGGAGAAGGGCUACAAGAUGGACGCCCCGGACGGCUGCCCGCCGGUGGUGUUCGACCUGAUGAAGCAGUGCUGGACCCUGGACGCCGCCGUGCGGCCCUCCUUCCGCAUGCUGAGGGAGAAGCUGCAGCAUAUCAGAGCCAAGGAGCUGUACCUGUGAAGAGGAGGUGCUGGGGGGGCGGGGGCGCGGAGCUGGACCGCUGCACCCCCCUCCUGCUGACCCGGGACUGGGACGCCGUGCCCCCCCCUGACCCCUGACCCCCGACCCCCGACCCCCCCACCGCAGGCGUCCACCAGCCGUCCUCUGCUUCCACACUAGGACUGUUUUCCUGUUUGUGUUGUAUAGCUUUUGCCAGACAACUUCGUCUCCUCCUGAUGGGCCACUGCCCCCCCCCCCCCCUUAUGGCCCCGCCCACCCCCCUUCUGACCCCGCCCACCCACCGCUCACCUGCUCUCUCUCUCACCUGGUCCAAGCUGCUUUUCUUAAGCCUGAUUUCUGGUUCCGCGUUGCACCAACGCAGGGCCGUACGGCGCAGGCUGUGCGGCGCGGGCUCUGCGUCGGUGUAACGCGGAACCGUAAAUCAGCCUUCAGUUACCGCCCCCCCACCUUCCUCCCCUCCCUGAGACAUGGCAUUACCUGGAGGGGGGGGCUGGCCUUUUCCUCCACGUUUGUCAGGUGCUCUCUCUCUUUAGUUUUUAUUCCUCCCUCCAUCCCUCCAUCAUUCCCCCCCGUGGCGCCCUGUGUCUCUGCUCGCCUCUCAGCCCAGCCGUCAUUCCAGCCCUUCCCUCGGCCGUGCUGUCGGGCUGCCGGGCCGUCGCGCGGCGCCAAAGUGCCUCCCGUCUGCAGAGACGUCCCCCCCCACUCGGACACACGGACUCUUUCAUUUUUUUACCACUUUUUUAAAAAGGUUUUUUUUGUUGUUUUUUUUAAUUGCUUUAUUUUUUUCAGGGAGGUUAUUAAUUUUGUUAUCAUUAUUAUUAUUAUUACUAUUAUUAUUAUUAUUAUUAUUGUUGUUGUUGUUGCUGUAACCCCCCCCCCCCCUCCCCCACCGCCACCAUCUCCACUUAAAGCCUGAAUCAUGGUUCUGCAUCAAACCAACGUAGAGCACACGCCGUCACCGUGACGCCGUCACCGUGACGCCGUCGUGAACCUUCGGACUUCUCCGUCACUCCAUUUCGUCACGGUGCAGUUCCCCCCACGACCGCUAGUUAGCGAUCUUUUCCUGAAUGGUUUAUCCGACUUUUUCUGGUCACAGUGAAUCAAAGAGAUAAGGACAACUAUUGUGCAAAAAAACAAAACAAAAAAAAUCACACACACACGAAGAAAAGAGGCUGAAAGUUCACGACUGCUUCAAACUGGAAACCAAUCACAGCCCUCUUGUCUGCGUUGGGUCUGCGUCGCCUCCACGCGUAGCUACAAUUUCCAGGAGGUGACGUCAGUGACGGCGUGUGUUACGCGUCGACGCGUAGCACACGCCGUAGGCACGCCGUCGUUUUGAUGCAGAACCAUAACUCAAGUUUGAGACUUUUAUUUCCCCCCUCAACGAGGAGAAGGUAAACAGGAAGUGAGCGGGUCUGUGGGCAGGGGUUGGAUUCGGGGCGAUGG